ACCUUAGAUGGCUUUCCUGUGCGAAAUACAACUAGAAUCCGCCUUCUUUACGGAGCUUCGAAUUAUAACCUCUGCUGUAUGCCUGUACCCAUCGUCUUUCAAGAGUAGACUAAGCGAUGGCUGAGGUGGAAGCUACGCCAACAUUUGGCGCGGAACUGAAGGAUGGCUUCAGACCAGCCAGCGCAUGGGUUGCCAACGGGAUCGCCUGGCUCGACGACAUUCAGCAAUUCUACCGCGAACGAAGCGCCAUCGAGAAGGAGCACAGCGCCAAGUUGAACGCCCUUGCCAAGAAAUACUUUGAGAAAAAGAUCAAGAAGUCAGCUAGCUUGAGCGUCGGCGACACGCCUACUAUGACACCGGGAUCCCUUGAGAGCGCCUCCCUCACGACGUGGACAACACAGCUGACGACCCUCGAGUCCCGAGCUGACGAGCACGAGCGAUAUGCUAACGAGCUGAUCUCCAAAGUCGCAGACCCCCUCAAGUUCUUUGGCAGCAAAUUCGAAGAGCUGCGAAAGCGCCAUGUCGAAUAUGCGGAUACUCUGGAGAACGAAAGGGAUUCAUCGUAUGCGGCUUUGCGCAAGACCAAGGCAAAGUACGACACCGUAUGCCAAGAGGUCGAGAGCAAGCGCAAGAAGUCCGAAACGUCUUUCGACAAAGCCAAGGCGAAAAGCACAUACCAGCUACAAAUACACGACAUGAAUAACGUCAAGAACACAUACCUGAUAGCCAUCAAUGUCACCAACAAGCAAAAGGAGAAAUAUUACCACGAGUACGUCCCCGAGCUACUAGACAGUCUCCAGGAUCUCUCGGAAUUCCGGACCCUCAAACUGAAUGGACUAUGGAAUAUGGCAGCUCAAUUGGAGUCCAAGAUGCUGCAGCAGAGCAAUGGUCUCGUAGAACGGCUUUCCACCGAGAUCCAACGAAACGAGCCCCAUCUUGACUCCAUGAUGUACAUAAGACACAAUCUGGGCUCAUGGACGGAGCCGUCUGACAAGAUCUUCGAGCCAAGCCCAGUCUGGCACGAUGACGACUCCAUGGUCACGGACGAGCAGGCAAAGAUUUUCUUGCGCAAUGUCUUGAACAAAUCCAAGGGUCAGCUUGGUGACUUACGUCGGGAGGUUGACAAGAAGAGAAGGGAAGUAGAGAGUAUCAAGAGGAUAAAGCAAGGCGUCCGAGAAGGGACGGAGAAGAAAGAUGAGGUGCAGAUAGUGACGCAACUCUUCGCCAUGCAGGAAGACCUACACCAGGUGGAUCGGAAGCGUUUAACAGCCGAGGUCGAGACGUCCACCAUUACGGCGGCGGUGGGAGACGUGACGCUGGGUGCUAAGAACCACAAUUUCAAGUCACAAACGUUCAAGAUUCCGACAAAUUGCGAUCUAUGUGGGGAGAGGAUAUGGGGCCUGUCAGCGAAGGGCUUCGAUUGCCGGGACUGCGGGUAUACGUGUCAUAGCAAGUGCGAAAUGAAGGUGCCAGCCGAAUGCCCUGGUGAAUUAUCAAAGGAGGAGCGCAAAAAGUAUAAGGCAGAACGACAGACUGCCGCAGGCUCACUGCUCAUGCCGGUCUCUGGCGUACCUGAUCACAUUGCCGAACUGCCUGAUCUCAGUCGGUCCAACACCAUGAACUCACUUAGUUCAGGGUACGCCGCCAGCGCACAUCGAUCAAUUGGUGGCCCGGUGGGUAGUCCCAAAUCUCCAGCCGAGGACACGCCGCCAGAACCCUCAGGACCGCGGCCAUCAAUAGGUUCAACUAAGAAGACCCGAUUGGUUGCCCCGCCACCUGCCGCCUACAUCAGUGAACUGCCUGGUAUUUCGGUGAAUGGAUCUGCAACAAGCAAAACGGAGCAGAAGGGCAAGAUGCUGUAUGGGUUUGACGCGAACGGAGAUGGGGAGUUGACGGUUCCAGAAGGCCGAGAAGUCACGAUAUUGGAGCCUGAUGAUGGAACAGGGUGGGUAAAAGUACGCGCGGGGUAUAAGGAAGGUCUCGUGCCUGCGUCCUAUCUUGAGGUCAUCCCACCUGCUCCUUCGCCUAUGGCCCCUCAGGAUACUGGUUCCUCGAUCAAUACCAGACCCGCCUCGGUCUACUCCAAUUCUGGAUCGUCUGUGGGGACAGGCGGCCCUCCCACAAAGAAGAAGGGGCCAGCAGUCGCUCCUCGAAGAGGUGCCAAGAAGCUCAAGUAUGUGGUCGCGAUCUAUGAUUACACAGCGCAAAGCGACGCCGAGCACAACAUGCAUGAGGGUGAACGGUUCGUUCUGGUCAAGGAGGACCCCGGCGAUGGGUGGGCAGAAGUCGAGAAAGGGGGCGCCACAAAGAGCGUGCCGGCAAGUUAUGUACAGGUGGAUCCGGCGUAGGACGUUGUUAAGCCAAAAUAUUUGCCUCGAGGACUUAGGGUGGCUUUUGGGUGUUUCAACGGACCGAGGUAAAAGAUAGAUACUUGUUGAAGCGUUACCAGGUAGCAUUGGAGGGUAGGAGCGGGAUGCAUUGGGUAGUGUGAGGGGAACAAAUGCGGAA